GCUGGAGUUGAACAUGGCAAGUUGCAAACCUCCCAUAAUCAUUUCCCAGAGACAGUUUACAGAUGCGCGCAUAAAUCACAGGAGACAUAUGGUAUGCGCAGCUGGCCGUGGGCGGAUUGAAGGGUUUGAUCAGAAAUGAUCAGACCAGACCAGACCGUGUUUGUAGAUCCCAUGGAACUGGAUCCAUGCAGCCUCAAAGUUCUUUCGCGCAAUCUCAGGGACAGCCCGCCUUCGAAUUUUCCGAUCCGACGAGGGAAUACUACUCUGGAUUUGAAUAUCCAAUCGCAACGGGCGCCAACGACAUCACCUCGCCUUCCUCUCCUGUUGCAAUGCUACCAGUUUGGGGUUUCCUCUCGGGGAUUAUGCGGGAGACUCCCAAUGGAUACUACGCAAAGAACGGACUAUGUUCGCCAGCCCAUUGCGACAUUGCGAUCAGACCGAGUGUCAUUUUUGUCACACUCUACAACAGCCCAACUCUCAUCCGUGCCAUCAGAUUACAACGGGCGCAAAGAGUCACUCUCGACCGGAGGCGUUCUUCCUUGGUGAUAUACGAACCAAGCGUUGCAGUCACUCCUGCUACGUCGGUUAAUACGACGGCCGAGUUGGAAGCGGCGGCUAAAGCUGUCGGUACUUUGCGAAUGCCAUUGCAUUGCGCCCAGAGGUUGUCGGACGAACCUCGUCGGGUCCUUAACAUUUGGCCCCGAGUGAACGGAGUUUACCCUUCCAGAUCGACUUGCCAAGGUACACCGUACAUAGAGGUUGUGCUGGACCUGGAGGUUAGAGGGCGAUCUCAUGCUCCCCCUUCCUCCACAUUUGACACUUAAUCUCAGUGCUGAAGCCCUCACGGAGAUGUGUAGUUGAUUCGUCGUACAACACA